AUGGUCAACGUCGGUGCGCUCUCGAAGCACCGCCCCAGCAGCAGUCAGCUCGGCAAGGUUGUGCGCAGCUUCUCGGCCGAGGAGCUAGCGAUGGGCGCGCGGGCGGUGUUCAGCUUCACCUCAUCAGCUCAGAACCCCGCGGACGCGCCGCGCACAACCAGAGCUGGCCUGGGGAAGCUGCGGGAUGCCCGGAUCGGCGCUGCCACUCUCGCCAGAUACCGUCGGGCAGCCCAGCAGUUUGUUGACUACCUUAACGCCAUGAACCUGCCGUUGCCGUUCAGUUGGGAAGACAUGGAUGUCACAUUACAAGACUACCUUGAAUACUUGGGGGCCGAAGGUGCCACUAAAGGUCAAGCUAACGAUGCACUGAGUGGAGUACAGCACCUAUUGAGGACGCGCCGGCAGUGCCCAGGCGCGUGGAGAUUGCUGUCAGUCUGGGGGCGCCUAGAGUUGCCGCAGCGUGCGCCACCGAUGCCGCCGCUGGUGUGCAGCGCGCUCGCAGGCUGGGCGCUGGGCCGCGGAGAGAUCGCCUUCGCCGCGACGAUCCUCGCCGGCUUCCACCUCUGCCUUCGGACAGGCGAGGCUCUUGGCCUCUCCAGCGGCGUCAUUCAGCUCAAGCCUUGCGGCAGAGGCGUGGUGCCGUUGCCCUGGACUAAGACAGCCUGUCAGAAGGGAGCACGAGAGACGGUGGCGCUGGAUGACCCGCUCGUAGCUUUGGCCAACGAGUAG